UUUCCAUGCAGCCCAUGCUUCCGAAAUGAUGCCAUAAACCACAAUUGACACAAUUCUCGUAAAUUUAUUUUUAGAUACACACCAUGAUGUUGUUAAUUCCAACUUUUACUCCCAAGAUUUUGUGAAGACCUUAUCAUUAAAUUAUAGUGUUCGUGCUUGUGUUCGGUUGCAGGCUUUGAUACUUUUGGAAAACGGAAAGAUAAACUUUGACGGUUGACUCGCAUUGAGAUCCCCGAUGAUCCAUUUGCUUAUCUAGACGUGAUGAGGGACGAUCACCUGGCGAAGCUCUGUCGUGUUUUGCAAUGGAUCAGCCCUCCGAAAAGCCAGCGCGCCUGCAGGAGCUAAUUCUCGAUCCCUUGUUGCAUGUGCGGGCGAACAAAUCGAAAAAUGCGCCACGGAAUCUAUCGAUGGUGCGUGAUGUGGGCAUUCGCGAACCCCGUGUUUUCGUCAUGUUGUGCCUGUGGUAUUUCUUCAGUGGAGUGACGCUUUUCAUGAACAAGUUUGUUCUUAAUGCACUCGUCGGUGGAUCGAUUCUCUUAGGUGUGUGCCAGGUUUUGAUUACAACAAUAUGCAGUGCGGUGCAGUUAUAUUUUCCCUGUGGAAUGUGGAUUCCCGUCAAGCAGCCAUCGCGACCACCGAGGUUUAGACGCAAUCUGGUGUUGGUUGGAAUUUUCAGGUUUUUGACCAUUUGGUUUGGACUGGUUGCCCUGGAUUAUGUAGCUGUAUCGUUUGCGGAAACUGUGAAAUGUUCGGCGCCAAUAUUUACUGUGAUAAUUUCCCGUGUUAUUACCGGUGAACCAGCCACGGUUCCCGUGGUUCUGUCUUUGAUACCCGUUAUGACCGGCUUGGCCUUGUGUUCUGCUCAUGAAUUAAGUUUUAAUUUAAUUGGAUUGAUUGCUGCGCUGAUAACGAAUAUUAGCGAAGUGUUCCAAAGUGUAUUUUCUAAAGUUUUAGUGAGUGGGGAUAAGCACCACUGCAAUCCUGCAGAAUUGCAGUUUUAUUCUGGAGCAGCUUCUUUGAUCUUCAUUAUUCCGUCCGCUUUCUUUUUUAAAAUUCAAGAUCCCUCUAAUUCUAUUUCUGUUGAUGCAUGGAUUAUGAUCGCAGUAAAUGGAAUAAGUUUUCACGUUCAGAGCAUUACUGCCAACGUUUUGAUGGGCUAUCUAUCACCAACUACUUACUCCGUUUCCAAUACGGUGAAAAGGGCACUUCUCAUUUGGUGCAGUAUUUUGAUUUUCGGGAAUGCUUUGACGAUGGGUGCGUGGAUAGGGACUGGACUGAUGUUCAUCGGUGUUUUGCUGUAUAACCGUGCAAAAUCCGCAGCGGUCACUGCUGCGUUUACCUCGGACUGAACAUUCCACAAAAAAUAACGAAUCUCACAAAUGUGUUCAAUGACUGGUUUUAUAUUUCUUAUGCAGACCCGGAACUUUUUAACCCAACGAAUCAAAAGUUAGAAAUUAAUACAAAAGAUGUUUAGCAAAAAACGAAGCAAACAGCGAAAGUGAAUUCAAUUUAC